AUGUCUUCCGACGCUGCUCACAUGGAGCAGGCCUCCUCCAUGGCCGAGGUUGCGCGGAACCGCAACAUACAGAACCAUGGCUCUUCGAAUCCCCUCACCAAGUCGCAAAAGGAGCCUUCGGUGUGUCCCACAGACCAGGAAGCAGUAACACCAAAACCGCAAAUGAAGAGUCUUGAAUACAUAUGGAAAUCUGGUGUUGCGGGUGGUUUAGCCGGUUGCGCUGGCAAGACCGUUGUUGCGCCAUUAGAUCGAGUAAAGAUUCUCUUUCAAGCCAGUAAUCCUCGAUUCGCGAAGUAUACAGGAUCAUGGGUUGGCGUUGCCAGCGCCAUGAAGGAUAUCCACCAUUAUGAAGGUAUCACGGGUCUCUACCGUGGACACUCUGCGACGCUUUUACGAAUUUUCCCAUACGCCGGUAUAAAAUUUCUUGCAUACGAACAAAUCCGAGCCAUUGUUAUUCCCGAUAGAGCACACGAGACACCGAUGAGGAGACUGCUCAGUGGAAGUUUAGCAGGUGUCACAUCCGUCUUCUUUACCUAUCCCCUAGAAGUUAUCCGAGUGCGACUGGCUUUCGAGACUAAGCGCGAUGGUCAUUCUUCUCUAUCUUCAAUAUGCCGCCAGAUAUACAACGAGCAACCUGUGGAGAAAGCAUCAGCAACCCGAUUACCGAACGCAUCUGCGCCUGUAUCCGCCGCUGCAGAGGCAACCGCAGCGACUGUCGAAGCCAUCGCUCCCCGAACUGGACUGGUCAACUUUUACCGAGGAUUUGCUCCGACUGUCAUGGGCAUGCUGCCUUAUGCCGGCAUGUCAUUCUUGACUCACGAUACUGUUGGUGAUAUUCUACGGCUACCGCGCUUCGCAAAGCAUACGACACUACCGAAGAAGGAGAACCAUCCCGAAGGAAAGCCAGCCGCUCUACGAUCAUGGGCAGAACUUACUGCUGGCGGCAUUGCUGGUUUGAUCUCACAAACGGUGUCGUACCCUCUUGAGGUAAUCCGUCGACGAAUGCAAGUUGGUGGAGCUGUUGGUGACGGUCGUCGAUUAAGGAUAGGCGAGACUGCCGGUAUGAUCCUCAGAGAGAGAGGUCCAUCUGGUUUCUUUGUUGGCCUAACUAUCGGAUACGUCAAGGUGUUCCCCAUGGCGGCGGUCGCCUUCUUCACGUAUGAGCGUAUGAAACUUGUCUUUGGCAUAUAG